AAAGGAGGGAUGUGGAGUCAAACAUGGCAACAGAUCACACAACAAAAGGAAGUGAGGCUUGUACGCACUGAAUAUUUGUGCUUUAAAUAAACCUCUAUAAUUAACAGAAAUACGUCCUUUUUUGAUCUUAUUUGUCUCAAAAGAAGAGUUUAAACCGUCUUGGAAAACAUGGAAUAAUAGAGCGAAAAGUUUGGUCUGAAUCCACCCGAGUUGUUGAGCUCUUCCCGGGGCCCUUUGGGGCCCAGGAAGAAGAUGCAUCGAGGUGGGGAUAAAGACUUCCAGAUAUCGGCACGAAAGAUGGGCACAUCCUUGCUCUUCCAGCUGUCGGCUCAUGAAAGAGAGCUGGAUUUGGUGUUUCUGGACCACAGCUAUGCCAAGCCAUGGAAUGCCCACCCAGACGCCAGCAGCGCCCGGCCCACCAGGACGCUGUUUGUUACCCCUCGUCGCCAGCCUGAAGCCUUGUCAGACUCUGAUUCUUUGUUAGACGUAGAGACGGUCACAGCGACGCCUGCUCCUCUGUAUGAUAACCAGAAAGCUCUCAGUGUGAUGAAGGAGUGUGAGCGACAUGUUCUGUUUGCUCGCACAGUCGCUGAGAGCCCUCCACCCCCCGAUGACUGGGAGGAACACGUAAACAAGACGGGAUGGUCAGUGGCCCAGAACAAACUGUUCAAUAAAGUCCUUAAAGCUCUACAAGCUGAAAGACUAGCCCGCCUGGCCAAUGAAAAUGCUUCCAAUGAGCCGAUCUUGCGGAGGAUAGCCGUGGACAAUUGUGCCAGGAAGGUGCGGCAUGCAUUAGCCAGUGUGAACUGGGACACCAAACUGACGCAGUGGUUACACACUACCAUGAUUGAAUCCUUAAGCCUCGCUAUGCUUGCUGCCUACCUGGAUGUUCUGCAGACUCUCAAAAGCAAGUUGCCGUUGCUGAUUGACAGAAUGUUGCUGACAACGGCAAAGACUGGCGCUCCAAGCGCAGAGGCCCUGUCGCUGCUGUUAAAACGGCCCUGGGACCCAGCUGUUGGAGUCCUGUCUCAAAACAAACCGAGCAAGCUUCCUGGAGCCCCGCUCAUCCUAAUCGCACCGUCAAGCCCAACCAAUCCUGCCCUCUCUACCUCGCGGCGAAUGAGAUUCUGGCAGUCACAGCUCUCUUGUUUGGGAAAGGUUAUUCCUGUGCACAGUCACGUGAACAGCGGCGCAAACAUCGGCAUCACACAGUGCUUAGAGCACAUGUUGGGCACGGUCAGAGCCAAGGUGAUGGAGGUUCACAGUCACUUCCCCCACAAACCCAUCAUCCUGGUCGGCUGGAACACUGGAGCUCUCAUCGCUUGUCACGUAUCCCUUAUGGAGUAUCUGACCGCUGUGGUGUGUCUCGGCUUCCCCCUGCUAACAGUCAACGGGCCAAGAGGGGAUGUGGACGACCCGCUGCUGGACAUGAAGACUCCGGUGUUGUUUGUGGUUGGCCAGAACGCUAUGCAUUGUAGCAUAGAAGGCAUGGAGGAGUUCAGAGAGAAGCUGAGGGCAGACAACAGCAUGGUGGUGGUGGGAGGAUCAGAUGACAACCUCAGAAUCAAUUCCACAAAGAUGAAAUCAGACGGACUGACGCAGACCAUGGUGGACCGCUGCAUUCAGGAUGAGAUAGCGGACUUCUUGUCAGGCGUCCUCGCACGGGCAGAGGGCCACAGCCAUGGCUCGGGGGAGACGAGGGACCUGGACACGGAGAAGAAGAAAAGGCCUCGGCGGGAGCUUCCCUUCGACAUGGAGAGAGGACGGCCUUCCUCCCCCGCGCUCAGAGUUCCCAUCUCACCAUCAGGUUCAGAGGAUCUGUCUAGCGUCUGUAGCAGUCCCACUUCAAGUCCCAAACCCAAGACGUCUGGUCUGUCUCCAGCGCAGAAGUCCAGUCUGAUCACAGCCACGCAGCUCCUAAAGACCCACAUGCAGCGCUCUGGCACAGUACUCACUCACAAGCAGGCUCAAGCUCAGUUUGCUGCUUUUAUGAAACAAAACAUGCUUGUGAGGAAAAAUCUUCCUCCUGGCAGCCCUCCUUGCAUUUUUGUGCCAGUAACCAGUGAUCAGAUGGAGGGCCUGGACCGAGAUGAACUGCGGCCCCAUGGCAAGAGGAGGCAGGCGCCUAACCCCACACCAAGCAAAGCCUCCAAGAGAGCCAAGAUCAAGGUCACCAUUGUUUCCCAGAGCGAGUCAGCAGGGGGCACCAUGAGCUCCGCUGCACAGCAAGUGGGUGUCUCUGGGAAGCCCUUAACUGUGACAGUGGGACAGACUGUGGCUGGAGCCAAGGAGCUCUCUGGACUUCUCACAGGCCAGCGGUCUGGUAGUCUCUCAGAGGUAUCUGGUGCCCUGUCCCCAGGCUCCAGCUCAUUCAACAGCGUGCAGCCUUGCAUGGUAUCAGGGUCGUCCACACCAGUCCUGGCGCAAGCUCCGGCUACUGCCCAAGCGCCUUCCGCCAGCAGUCUGCUACAAGGCCUAAGUUUCAGUCUUCAGGAGAUCGUCACCAAAGCUCCUAGCUUGCCCUCCACAGCAGUCAGCACAGGCAGCACCCAGGCGGUCUGUGGCAAGCCCCAGGGUCAGGUCCUGAGCUCCGUCGCCACCAGCAGCAGUACUCUGCUCCGGGCGAUGCCUGUGGUCGCCACAGGAGGAGUGGCUAAAACCACCGCCAUCCACCAGCUGCUCACUAACGGCGGGCUGGCCAAACUUGCCAGCAGCCUGCCCGGCUUGGCGCACAUCACCAAUCAGACCGCUGUAGGGCAGAAAGCCCCCACUUCGAUAACGGUGACGCUGCGAGGAGCACAGCCGAGUAGAGCGGGAUCUCUCAGCCCAGCUGGCGAGGUUGUGGCGCCGGCUCGCCCCCUCGAGCCUAAGCGGUGAAAGCUUUCCAUGUGGCGAUGCACCUGAAGUAAAGCUGGUGCUGUGCCAGGGGCAUCUGGGAGCCACAGCCUGCCGAUGUGACGGUACCCCACCCCCCCGCCCCCUCACCCCACCCCACAACAUGCAGAACACCUGCCACACGUCCUCCAGAGAGUUCCCCUAUCCAGAUGGUUUGGAAAAGGCCGGGCCCGCUGUGGAUGUGCUGCUGCAUUGUCCCAACCUUUAUGUGCAGAUGUUUGUCUCCG